AGUAAAUCUCUCACGCACCUCGCUUCGUCCGUUGCCGUCUUGCCCGCCAGCAUCUGUCCCACGGCCUAGAACAACCCUUCCGAUUCACUGACAUCACCAGCAGUACGGCUGACCGACUCGGGACGACACCCAGGAAUCUGCAAGAUAGUCAAUCUACACCGCCAAUCAGAAGUGUGACCAAGUGGUGAAUACUUCGGCAUCGCACCUUUUGUCCCAUUUGCACAUUCCGGAUCAACCUCUUGGCCUCAUCUCAUCUCGCAACGAUGCCAUCGAGCGCUCAGAAUGGAAGGGUCAGUGACCCUCCCAUGCCACCGACAACUGCACUUCCCACAUCCGCCUAUCUAGCUGCGCCCUUCGUGUCCUCGAAGGCUCUGGGCGAGAGCACGAGCACCGUGCAAGCAGAUCCUGAUCGCUCCGGCAGGGGGGCUAGCAGCCAGGCUUCGUCUUCCUCUUCGUCCUCUUCACCGCCAUCUGCCUCUUCUCCAAUGGAGAGAGAGUCUAGCAUCCCUUCCUACCUCUACUCUUCGCUACCAUCCUAUCUGCUCCUCCCAUCCGGCACUCCAGAUUAUCUGCGGAUGUGUCUAUCGGCGGAUAUCUAUAGUCUGGUCAAGACGACACCGCUGCAGCGUGCCAAUAAGCUUUCCACCAAGCUGGGAUGUGAGAUCUUCCUGAAGAGAGAGGACCUGCAACCCGUGUUCAGCUUCAAGCUGCGGGGCGCAUAUAACCUGAUGAGGACACUCGAGGGAGAGCAGAAGUGGAAAGGUGUCAUUGCCUGUAGUGCUGGCAACCAUGCUCAGGGCGUCUCCCUCUCAGGACUGUCGCUCUCCAUCCCUUGCACAAUUGUCAUGCCUCUCGGAACGCCUGCCAUCAAGGUCGACUCAGUCAGAGCUCUGGGUGCCAAGGUUGUGCUGCAUGGCCAAGACUUCGACGAAGCCAAGGCAGAGUGUUCGCGACUGGCAGAGACCUACGGACUCAAGGUCAUUCCGCCUUUCGACGACCCUCAUGUCAUUGCAGGACAAGGUACAGUAGGAGUCGAGAUUCUACGCCAGACCAGCAUGGACGAUCUGGACGGCGUCUUCUGCUGCGUAGGCGGAGGUGGUCUUCUGGCGGGGGUGUCCUCCUACGUGAAGAGGAUCGCUCCGCCGUCUUGCAAAGUCUUCGGAGUGGAGACCUUCGAUGGGGACGCUCUGACGCAAAGCUUGCAGGCUGGCAGGAGGAUCACAUUGAGAGAGGUUGGCCUCUUUGCUGACGGCACAGCGGUCAAGGUCGUGGGUGAGGAAUGUUUUAGGAUCCUCAGAGAGAAGGGAGCCGUGGAUGGAAUGGUGAGAGUGGACACUGAUGAGAUCUGUGCGGCCAUCAGGGAUACCUUUGAAGACACACGCACGGUGCCCGAGCCUUCUGGUGCCCUCUCGUUAGCAGGACUGAAGCGCUACAUCAUCAGCCACAAUUUGCAAAACUCGGGCAAGAAGUUCGCCUGUAUCAUUUCGGGUGCCAACAUGAACUUCUCCAGGCUACGCUUCGUUGCCGAACGAGCUGAAGUCGGAGACGGCAAGGAAGUACUGAUGAUGGUGGAGAUUCCGGAGGUGCCAGGAGCCUUCAUGAAGCUGCACAGCCAUAUCCACCCUCGCAGCGUGACAGAAUUCUCGUAUAGAUACAACGUAACGGAAGAGAGUGGUUCCCAGCCACCCACCGCCCACAUCUUCCUCUCUUUCCUUCUUGGAGGCGGAGCACCACCGCCUGGAGCAGUAGGAAUCCCGCCUGUACCGCCGGCAAACGUUGGCCAAGGAGCUCAAGGCAACGAGCACCAUACCGAUCACGAGGUCAGGAACGAUGUACGUGCUACACUUGCUGCUCACUUCGGUCGAGGUGCCACUCUCUCGGCGACCGAGUCGCCGCUGACCAAUGGCAGCAGCAACGUCAAUGGCAAUGGUGAUGGCAAUGGCAAUGGCGAAAGCGCUUCUGCCGAUGGAAACACUGCCGGUGCGGCUCCCGGGACCUCGAUCUCUACCCAAGCGCCUAGUGCCAGGGACGCUGAACUUCGUUCCAUCAUGGAUGCUUUAUCGAACGAUGGCAUGCGAGCCAUUGACAUCAGCGGCAAUGAGAUGGCCAAAUCGCACGCUAGGUAUCUAGUGGGCGGCAAGCAGAAUGUGCCUCACGAGAGGAUCUUCCGCUUCGAAUUCCCCGAGCGGCCGGGAGCUCUGAGGAAGUUCCUGGCUGGCCUCAAUGCUGGGUGGAACAUCUCAUUGUUUCACUACCGGAACCACGGCAGUGACAUUGCCAGAAUCUUGGCAGGAAUUCAGGUCACACCUGGCAGCGAAGAAGCCUUUGACAAGUUUCUGGAGGAGCUGGGGUACGUGUACAAGGAGGAGACGGGCAAUGAGGUGGUAAAGAAGUUCCUUUGAACGGAUUGAGGGGUUCCCGUGAUGAUAAAGAUAGACCAGGUCAUUCGAAGUGUCUAGGAUCACUAGUGUGUUCUGGUACGCCACUUGUGAGGUAGAGAUUUCUUCAUCGUGAGGUGUCACUCGCAAUCUCUGUCAGCGUCACAGAAUCUCUUGGGAUAUCGCAAUACAGCAAUUUUCAUCACUCAUGGCGACGUCUGCAUCCCGUUGCCUGACUUCUGCUAUUUACCCAU